GAAGUGAGUACGGCGGCUCGGAGGGCUCAGUCCUCGCCGCUCCGCCGCUCGCGCUGACGAUGGGAGACGUUGUCUGUGAAGAGCUCGAGGAUUUGGUUCAUUUCUCAGUGCACGACCUGCCGGCACGAGGCUAUGUCGUCAUGGAGGAGAUCCGACGUCAGGGGAAACUCUGUGACGUCACGCUCAAGGUCGGGGAUCAUAAGUUCAGCGCUCACCGGAUCGUUCUGGCAGCCUCCAUCCCGUACUUUCACGCCAUGUUCACCAACGACAUGGUGGAGUGUAAACAGGACGAGAUCCUGAUGCAGGGCAUGGACCCCAGUGCUCUGGAGGCUCUCAUUAACUUUGCGUACAGCGGCCAUGUUGCCAUCGACCAGCAGAACGUUCAGUCUCUCCUGAUUGGCUCGAGCUUCCUGCAGCUGCAGAACGUUAAAGACGCCUGCUGCUCCUUCCUGCAAGAGAGGUUACAUCCGAAGAACUGUCUGGGUGUGCGACAGUUUGCAGAGACCAUGAUGUGUACGACUCUGUACGACUCGGCCAGCAGCUUCCUCCAUCAGCACUUUGUGGAGGUUUCUGUGUCGGAGGAGUUUCUGGGUCUGAGGACUGAGGAGGUUCUGGAACUGGUCGGCUGCGACGAGCUUAACAUUAAAGCAGAGGAACAGGUGUUUGAGGCGGUGCUGGCCUGGGUUCAUCAUGACCGGGACCGGAGGGAGUCUCUGCUCCCGGAGCUGCUGUCAAAGAUCAGACUUCCUCUGUGUCGACCUCAGUUCCUGUCAGACCGAGUCCAGCAGGACGACCUCGUACGCUGCUGCCAUAAAUGCAGAGAUCUGGUGGAUGAAGCCAAAGAUUUCCACCUGAUGCCGGAGCGGCGCCCUCACCUUCCCGCCUUUAAGACCAGGCAGAGGUGCUGCACGUCCAUCACAGGACUCAUCUACGCUGUGGGAGGACUCAACAGCUCAGGCGACUCUUUAAACGUGGUCGAAGUGUUCGAUCCAACUGGGAACUUCUGGGAGCGCUGUCAGCCAAUGAGGACGGCUCGCAGUAGAGUGGGCGUGGCCGUCGUUAACGGGCUGCUGUACGCCAUUGGUGGAUACGAUGGCCAAUCGCGGCUCAGCACGGUGGAGGUUUACAACCCGGAGACGGACAGCUGGACACGUGUGUCGAGCAUGAACAGCCAGCGCAGCGCCAUGGGAACAGUUGUGAUUGACGGACACAUCUACGUGUGCGGUGGCUACGACGGAAAAUCAUCUCUGAACUCUGUAGAGUGUUACUCUCCGGAGACCGACAGGUGGACCGUGGUGACGGAGAUGAGCGCCAGCCGCAGCGCUGCCGGUGUCACCGUGUUCGACGGACGCAUCUUUGUCUCUGGAGGCCACGACGGUUUACAGAUCUUCAACACUGUGGAGUACUACAACCACCACACUAACCGCUGGCACCCUGCGGCAGCCAUGAUGAACAAGCGCUGUCGUCACGGGGCGGCAGCUCUGGGCAGUCACAUGUACGUGGCAGGGGGGUACGACGGCUCGGGUUUCCUGAGCGGGGCCGAAGUGUUCAGCUCAGCGUCGGGUCAGUGGAGCCUUCUGGUGGCCAUGAACACGCGGCGCAGUAGAGUGUCACUGGUUUCUACGUCGGGGCGUCUGUACGCGGUGGGCGGCUACGACGGACAGUCCAACCUGAGCUCGGUGGAGAUGUACAACCCUGACACCAAUCGCUGGACCUUCAGGGCGCCCAUGGUCUGCCACGAGGGGGGGGUUGGGGUGGGCUGCGUCCCGCUGCAGCCCGCCUAAACCCUCCACUUAGAGGCCGAGGAUCCAUGCGUUACUGUCGUUCGCGGACGGCGCGGCGGCGCCCUCUGUUGGCGUUCACUGAGCUUUAUCGGUACGACGGCCGGGCUCAGACCUGCACACUGACGCCAGGCCUGUGGGAUUGUGGGUAAAAACUGUAGAGCUAGCCUGUGGAGGCUUGUGUUUAUACUUGAUUGAAACAGGAAGUCACUUCCUCUCCAAAACAAACAAACAAACAAAGCUGCUGACUGGAAACGGGACGAGCGCUCGGAUCUGUUUUCUGUUCACUGGACCGAAUUAUUGAUCAGCUGUAAUCAAUGAGUAUGAUUGACAGACAGGAAGUGGAGGUGUAGACACGUGAAGAAGAAACAGAGUGCGAGGUCCUCCAGCGCCCCCUGCAAUCUGAUUAUUGAUCUGAAGCCUCAUGUCUGUCUGUCUGUUGCUUAUCUGAUAGAUGUUAACAUGCUAACACCAACAUAUUGGCGUUUUUAAGAGCCAAUCAGACGACAGAAACAAGCGAGUUCUGUGAUGAUUGUAAAAACGAUUUCUGAUUCAUAGUCUGAUUUGUGUUUUUUUUGGCGCCCCCCCCCCCAGUGGUGGAUUUGAAUGAAACUUUCAGGGUGUUUCAGGUCUACAUAUGGAAGUAUCCUGUGAGGUCUGUGACGGUUGUUGACUUCUGUUUAUGUGUUGAGCCACGCCCCCUCUGAAGCUCAUUGGUUGACAUGUUGAAAACUAUUAAUAAUGGCACCACCAUUUGGCUUAUGGGGCUCAUGUUUGUUGGGAAGCACUUGCUCAUUAUUUCCUGUUAUUGGACCAAGUUUCUUGUUUCCAGAUCAUUUCAGCUCACUGUAAUAAUAAUAAUAAUAAUAAUAAUAAUAUUAAUAGUGUUUCAGGCCUUUCUACCCCUUAUAAAAGCUCAUGUAGUCGGAUAGCAGUGUGUUGAAUUAGCUGUUAGCAGCUCCUAUUAGCAUUGAUGCACAGACAGAUAUCACUGAUUAACAGAAACAGGAUGAUCCUCUUUGUGGAUUUCUGGACGUUUAUCAGAGUUAUUGAUCUCCUCACUGAAUGAUCAAUCAAUAUGAAUAUCUGUUUACUGUUUGAGUUCUCUCUCAGUUAUCUCUCUGAGGAGGUAGCAGUGUGUUUACCUCCCCUUCAGCUCUCUGGCGUCCCCCUGUGGAGGCUUUAUUCUUUGUCCUGCUGAAUGUAGUUCCACCAGAUGAAGCUGCAGUUCCUCUAACGGCCACCAGAGGCUCCAGCAGUGAGUCAGGCUCCAUAUGUUGUACAUAUAUGGAUAUGUUUACAGCCUGUUGCUCUCUACAGAUCAUCUCCCCUCUUUAAAUGAUAUUAAGGUUGAACUUAUGCAGAAUUAAGGGCGUUUGUCCUGAUGGGGGCGCUAGAGGACAAAAGGCUGCUGUUCACAUUUAAUCAAUAAAGUGAUUUAUAACGUGAUUAAUAAAAAAGAUUUUUUUAAAGUCUCAACAAUGAUUGGAUAUUGAUCCCCUGUUUGAAGUAGGGCGGCAGUUUGUUGGAUCAAUGGUUGAUUUUCAGUCAAAUGAUCGUUCCCACUAAUCAAUCAAUAAUUUAUUGAAUAUCUGUGCAGCCCUACUUUUACAGCCAAUAAUCCAUCAGUUCAAUCUGCAGACUCAAUCAAUGAAUGUUAAUUAAACCAUAAUCAACGAUUCCUUCCAGACCUUUCAGCUGCCUCGUGUGGUCUUCCUCAGCUGUCGUCAUGGAGAGUUCAGUUGUUUGUGAUGAAGACCAGGACAUACAGCUGAAAGCUUUGGGCUUUUUCUAGUAAGCACUGAGAGUAAACAUUCAUUGAUAUUUAUAUUGAUAAGUAAACACUGACGUUAUUGAGUCGGCACUCUCCAGCUUCGUUUUUAUAUGUAUUGAUGAUGAUUGAUUUUUUUUUCCCUUAGAGGUUUGUGGAUCAUUAAAAUGCUGCUGUUUCCUGA